AUUUUCAACCAACUUACAUUCGUAGCCAAUGGGAGUUUGGGCAUAGAUGGGUUUUAAUCAUUAUUAAUUUGGUCUUCCUCCCUCAAACGACGACCAGACGACAAACGCCAAGCACAAUGAACCUCCUCUCAAUCCGGCGGGGGCUGUAAGCAGAGACGCAUGAGGUGGUGCCGGUGGCGGUGCUGGCGGCGGCCCUAAUGGUUAUGCAGGCCUCCAAGCUCAUUCUACCCCACUCCUCUCUCUCCUCUCCUCGCAUAUCCUCUGUUCUCUUCGAACCCCAUUCUCUCUCCCUAGCCCUCAUGCACUCUGACUCCUCCUUCUCACUCUAUCCCUUCCUCUCUCCUCUCUCUCUCCCUCCUCUUCCGCCCCUCCCUAUCUUCAUCCCCCCUCCUUCCUCCUCCGCCUCCUUCCUCCUCCUCCGCUCCCAAAACCCUAAUUCUAUUACCAACCCCUGUGCAGUCUUCAUUGCCGCCGGGCCACACGAUGGUGGCGCCGCCGUGCUCCUCCGGUUCUGGGUCCUUCGCAAGCCCCAAGUGUUCGCGAAAGCUCGUGUUCUUUGUUCCCAGAAGGAGAUUCGAUUUCACGAUAAAUUAGGGGUUGUUGUGAAUGUUAGUCACGGGAUUUCAGUUAAGCUUGCCGGGUCGGUUAAUUACUUUGCGAUGUAUUCAGUUUCAAAAUCGAAGAUUUGGGUUUUUGCCGUGAAAAUGGCGGGGGAUGAUGAUGAUGGUGGGGUGGUCUUGAGGAUGAUGAAAUGUGCUGUGAUUGAGUGUACUGUGCCCGUUUGUUCUAUUAGCAUUUCAUUUGGGUUUUUGAUCCUGGGCGAGGCGAAUGGGGUCAGGGUUUUACCCUUGAGGUCCCUUGUGAAGGGACGGGUUAGCAAACAACGCCGAGAAAAUAAGACUUUGAAGCCUGAUGCGGAGAAUGUGAAGCAUGGUGAGACAUUGCGUCUGCCAAAUGGGCUGAUUCGGGCAAAUGGUGAAGGCCAUGAUCCUUUGAGUAGUUUGGGAGUGGACUCGAGCUGUGCAGAUGGUGGUGAAAGAAUAUGUGUAGGAGGGAAAACCAAGACCUCUUUUAAUGGUUACUUGGAAGGAAAUGUUGAUGUGCAUAGUGUUUCUGUAAACCUAAGGUCUGUGAAACUUGGGCAAGACCUUGGCCAAGGCAGUGCAUAUUUUGUGGCAAUCAAGAGCAAGGAGGAUAGAAGUUCAAAAUCCACAUCGGUGCGAUUCUCAGCUAGGGCAAUUUCCAUCCAGGCUUUGUCUGCAAAUAAGUUUCUGAUAUUGGAUUCAGUGGGGGAUUUACACCUCUUGUGCCUUUCCAACCUCAACUUUGGGUCAGAAAUAAUGUGUCAAUUGAGGCAGUUGCCUCACAUCAUGAAAGUGCGAAAGUUGGUUGUUCUCUCUGAUUCCUCCGCGAGAACUCAAACUUUUUGGAUAUCUGAUGGAUCUCAUUCAGUGCACAUGAUGGCAUUAUCUGACAUGGACAGUUCAGUUGAUGAAAAUGAUAGGAGUGACAAUGAGGCAAAGUUAAAGCAGAUCUCAGCUAUUCAGGCAUUAUUUACUAGUGAAAAGAUUCAAGAUAUUGUUCCUCUGGCUACAAAUGCUAUUUUGAUCCUUGGACAAGGUGACUUGUUUGUUUAUGCAAUUUCCUGAAGUUGCUUGGCAGCUAUCUUUCUUGCAGUGGACAUAUAUGUUCCUGGCCAGAUUAGGUGAAUUUGCGACUUGACAGGCUUCACAGAUCAAUGUUGUGUCUGAACAUUGAUUUUCAUGCAUUCUCUUGGAUAACAUGGUUCCACUUAUCAUUCUAUCACUAAGGUCAUGAGCUGCAGUUAUCUCGUAUGUGUCUACUAGCGCAUAUGAUCCCUUGAACACUCAGCUCUUGAAGACGUAAUUAAAUUAUGUGGCCUAUUUGUGCCUGGCCUUGGGAGUGCUGGAUCCUGAAGAAAGUCUUCCACCAUGUCACCUCUUUUGUUCAGCUUGCUUCCAUUAUCUGAAAGGCAAAACCUGCUGCAAAUGUGGAGACGUUGGAUGAUGGCUCGUAAAUUUUCUGCUGUGUGGAGCUUCCUUGAAAUUCUCUAUUCUCAUUUGGGGAACCACACCAUCCGAGCAAAACGUAUGGAGGUACGAGUCAGUGUUCAUGAUUGUGUUGCACAAUGGUGUUGGUUUGGCUGAUAUUCCAAAAUUCUGUCAGGCCAUCCAUUGUUUAGCUUCUAAUGAUUGAUAUGGUAUUCAAACUUAUGUGUGAUAGUCCCUGGAAAGUUGUAGCUUAGCUGUUUGGUUUCUGCUACCUACUGUUGUGUGAGAAAUAGUUUCAGUAGGAUGUAAUAAAAUGCUGUAUCAUUCGGAGUCAUAAUCUCUUUGGAGUUGAUCCUCAAAUUUUGGAACAAAUUAUGACAAGUUAAUUUAUUUGUUAAGCAUUGUGUGUUUGAAACA